CAUCCGAGUGCAAAGGGUUAAAAAUUGAGGUACAAAAAUCAUAAAAUUGAUAUUAAUAUUCUUAGAUUCAUUCCUUUAUACAGUUAAGAAUGUCAUCUAAUUUAAGAAAAAUUUUUAAUGAAGCCCCUGUUAAAAUUUCAUGUUAAAUGACUCAUAAUGCUUUAUUACAAAGCAACAAACUAUAUAUGCCCAAAAUAUGUAUGAAAACAUUGUGCCCUUCACAAAAGCAGCCUUUUCCCUGCUACAAAUGUUUAAAAUUCACAAUGUACUCUUUCUAUCUCAAAGACUUUUUAAAAAUUAUUUUCCUUCUUUAGGUAAAUUAUAUGAUGAGAAAGAACUGUGCAAAAUUUCUCUAAAUAAUGCAUAGCAAAGGUUUUAAAAAAAAAAAAAUAAAAUGCUUCCAGCCAAAAAGACUAACUGGGAAAAAGGAACAUUUUCAAAAGCAUUUUGGAACCUUAUUCCACCUCUGUGCUAAGCUCUCUUUUUCCUCCCAAAAUACGUCACUUAACUGUCUGUCAGAAUAACUCUUGCCCAUUCUACCUGAUCACUCUCCAAAGCUGCAGCUUUUCCUGGAUUCACUCCUCAAUGACAAGCUGUUCAAACAGAGAGCACCUAUCAAAACGAGUAUGAUCAUCUGCUCCUUUCAGGAUCUACGGCUGUCCGUCAGGAGAAGUAAUUAAUGGGCUGAUUGUGUAUGAAAGCGUCAUCCCAUCAGUUUGCUGUCUGGCUUGAAUAGCUCAUAUCAGCUCUUCAUUCAUGCCAAGUACGCUCACUGUCCGGAAAUAUGAUAAAGCCAUCCCUCCUUUUGGAUUUUUCCCUCACUAUUCAAAAAACAGUGUACCAGAACUAUGUGUUACAGAAGCUCAAGGAGAACAGAAGAAGAAAUCCCUUCAUCCUCUACAGAAAGGAAGCUAAGGGACUGAAAAGUUGGUAAAGAAAAAAAAAGGAAAGCAAGAGAGUGCAAGAGGACAUCUAUGCUUCUAGUCCAGAUCUUUUUUUAAAAGCAGCUUGAUUUAGGAGUAUGUGUAAUUCUGAAAUAUAUGAACAAGCAGAACUUUUCCAGAGGGGAAAAUGUCUAUAGAAACCACCAGGAUUUCUCAUUGCUGAAGCAUUCAAUGAAUUUUUAAUAAGUUCUGAACACUCAGAUUGUCUGUGGUCAGAUCAACUGCUGUUACCAGAUAAAGGCAAAACUCACCCUUCUGGUUCUAUAAUCCUAUCCAAAUGGAGUCUUCAUCUAGCGCAUGCUGCCCUAACUAAUGCUUCAGGAUUAUCAGGAAUCCAGAUAGAAAGACACUGCAAGAAAUAAAACACACUGGGAAAAGGAAAUACGAAAGGAAAGUAGAGAAGGCAUUUCAGGUACCGAAGCUUACUAUUUCCAGACAGAGUUGAAAUUACUGAGCUUCAAACAAACCACUGCCAGAUGCUGGCCAAGAAGAGGUGAGAUAGAAAGGAGAACAGUCAAGACCCAAAGACUUAACCCUAAUGUAAAUUCUUGCACCAGGAUGGAGGGGGAAUCUUACCACAAUGUAACCACCGUCAACGGCACCCCAGUAAAUCACCAGCCUUUGGAACGCCACGGGUUGUGGGAAGUCAUCACCAUCGCAGCUGUGACUGCUGUGGUGAGCCUGAUGACCAUUGUGGGCAACGUCCUGGUCAUGAUCUCCUUCAAAGUCAACAGCCAGCUCAAGACAGUCAACAACUAUUACCUGCUCAGCUUAGCCUGUGCAGAUCUCAUCAUUGGCAUCUUCUCCAUGAACCUCUACACAACCUACAUCCUCAUGGGACGCUGGGCUCUCGGGAGUCUGGCCUGUGACCUUUGGCUUGCACUGGAUUAUGUGGCCAGCAAUGCUUCUGUCAUGAACCUCCUGGUGAUCAGUUUUGACCGUUACUUUUCCAUCACAAGACCCCUGACGUAUCGGGCCAAGCGUACCCCAAAGAGGGCUGGCGUCAUGAUCGGCCUGGCCUGGCUGAUCUCCUUCAUCCUCUGGGCCCCAGCAAUCCUCUGCUGGCAGUACUUGGUUGGGAAGCGGACCGUCCCACCGGAUGAGUGCCAGAUCCAGUUCCUCUCUGAGCCCACCAUCACCUUCGGCACUGCCAUUGCUGCCUUCUACAUCCCUGUUUCUGUCAUGACCAUCCUCUAUUGCCGAAUCUACCGGGAAACAGAGAAGCGAACCAAAGACCUGGCUGACCUCCAGGGCUCUGACUCCGUGGCCGACGCUGAGAAGAGAAAGCCGGCUCACAGGGCUCUGCUCAGAUCCUGCCUCGGCUGCCCUCGACCCGCCCUGGCCCAGAGGGAAAGGAACCAGGCCUCCUGGUCGUCCUCCCGCAGGAGCACCUCCGCUGCUGGGGAGCCAUCCCAAGGCACUGGCCCAAGUCCUGACUGGGCCAAAGCUGAGCAGCUCACUACCUGUAGCAGCUACGCCUCCUCAGAGGAUGAAGACAAGCCCACCACUGACCCUGUCUUCCAAGUGGUCUACAAGAGUCAGGCCAAGGAAAGCCCAAGAGAUGAAUUCAGUGCUGAAGAGACCAAGGAAACUUUUGUGAAAGCUCAGACUGAACAAAAUGACUAUGACACCCCAAAAUACUUCCUGUCUCCAGCUGCUGCUCAUAGACCCAAGAGUCAGAAAUGUGUGGCCUAUAAAUUCCGAUUGGUGGUGAAAGCUGACGGGACCCAGGAGACCAGCAAUGGCUGUCACAAAGUGAAAAUCAUGCCCUGCUCCUUCCCAGUGGCCAAGGACCCUUCAACGAAAGGCCUUGAUCCCAACCUCAGCCAUCAAAUGACAAAACGAAAGAGAAUGGUCCUAGUCAAAGAGAAGAAAGCAGCCCAGACCUUGAGUGCCAUUCUCCUGGCCUUCAUCAUCACGUGGACCCCUUAUAACAUCAUGGUCCUAGUUUCCACCUUCUGUGACAAGUGUGUCCCAGUCACCCUGUGGCACUUGGGCUAUUGGCUGUGCUAUGUCAACAGCACUGUCAACCCCAUCUGCUAUGCCCUCUGCAACAGAACCUUCAGGAAGACCUUUAAGAUGCUGCUUCUCUGCCGAUGGAAAAAGAAAAAAGUGGAAGAGAAGUUGUAUUGGCAAGGGAACAGCAAGCUACCCUGAAAAGCUAGCAACUCCUCUCAACAGAAUAAUGACCACAGUCACCUUCCUCUGAGGAUGGGCAAGCUGAUUCUCGUUUGCAUAUUUUUUAAAAAGACAUCUGUCAUUUUGAGCCCUGAGGACUUUUGUAAAGGCUCAAGGUCUGUUGCCAAAAGGAAGGAGUCACAGCUGCAGCAAUUGCUGUCAUAUUGAAUGAUUCUUGCCUAUGACCAAGGCCAUCUGAUGCCACUGGAGUUUGCCAGUGAAGUAAAGAGAGACCCAGAGCCCUUCACAGGAGGAAGCACACUGGGUCACAAUGCACAAUGGUUUAAGGAACUUUUGUCAGCCUUCUGUGGGAAACAGCAGGGACCAAUCUUCUCCUACAGAAACCUGUCCUAGAGUUUUGUGCAAUAUGUAUGUGUUCAUGAAGUUGUCUUGUGCCAGUGAGAACCAGGAGACUAUAAAUCAGUGUUACCUGUUAACAAAAGUGCUUAUUCAACUGGCUUCUAAGAAUAUAUUCACAAACUGAUCAGUAUUUAUUACACAGCUACCAUGUGGUCUGCACUGUGGUAUAUUUUCCUGUCCCUACAUCUGAGUGUGGCUCUUUCUCUUCCCUUUUAUAACAGAUGCCAAUUCCUGGUACUCACUGAAACUAUGUUGAUCCCUACAUAACCAUCCUUCCUCUGAGAAUCUGGGCUCAGAAGGACACUGAAACCUGCUUGCUUCUGUUCUGCUAAUAAAGUUGAUUAAGUCUCCACAGUCA